UUAUCGAUAGCAUGGAUCUUUUUGGUUGAUUUUGCAUAUAAUCUUUUUACACCUUUUAUUAUCCUGCCUCAAUGUUGGUGCAAGAAAGAAUAGUUUAGAACUUUGAAUUGUGGUAGUAACCUUUUGCUUCAAGCAAAAGAGCUUGAAGACCAGCAAAGCAUCAAUGCUGAUGAAUAUCUGUUUUUUAGCAUAUUGUUGAAAAAUGUACAUACUUCCUCCUUUUCAUGCAUGUUCUUUUUGAUUGCUUGUUAGACUUUUCUGCUUGGUUGUCUCUUCCAGCCAUCUGUUUCCAUAUGCAUCAUUUGUUGAGCUGGAAUUUCUCUGACCUGAAAAAUCAUUAGUUUUGGAAGUUCAUGGAGUCUAUACAUUCAUUCUUUAUUCUCCAUCAUUAUUUUUUUAGUUUGCCUCAAAUGGUUUAAGGUCAAGAAGUAUUGAUGAGCCAGAUGGGUUUUAUGUAUUUUAAAAAGAUCUAUUAUUUGUCUAAGCUUUCAAGGCUAUGGUGGGGGAAGAGCUUAGUUUGAAUUUUUUAAUAAAUUUAUACCAGUGAUUGCUUGCUACUUGUUUCGUAGUUUAUUAACUAAAUCUAGAUCAAGUUUGGAAGAAAAAUGCAUUUGAUUUGAUUUGAAAAUAGUGUCAAGUCAAGCUGAGGUUUAGUUGAUUUGAUUUGAUGUUAGAAACUUACUUGGUUCUUGUUAAGUUAAGAUUUACAUGUGGGUUCAAAUUAUUAUGAUGAUCAAUUAUGACUUAAAUGGAUGAAAAGUAGACCAAAAGUUGGUGGAUAAUUUUGCUCCUUGUAUUAUUAAACAAUAAGAAAUUUAUUGUUUAAUAAUGCUAUAUUAGCUGAAAUAAUGGAACAAUAACAGCUUCAUCUCUCAUCAUGUAUCAAUGUAAUGCAAAGUAGCAGCAUUGCAAAUCUUCUUCUAGGUCGAUGAAUUGUGAGAAUGCAUAUUAAAUAAUAUUAAUUUUUAUUUUUUUUCGAAAGCCCCUUCACCCAAUCGGAGAAAGCUACGCGUUUACACCGCGUAGGAUUCGGAAGAAGGAAUCUCCGCCGCCGUUCAUCCAGAGUUCCAAAUCAGAAGACCUUCCGACGAAGAAACCACCAUGGCCGCCGCUGGAGGAACAGAGGCUUUCCCUGAUCUUGGCCGCCACUGCCAGCACUCCGAUUGCCACCAACUCGAUUUCCUUCCGUUCACCUGCGACGGUUGCCAAAAGGUGUUCUGUUUGGAGCAUCGCAGUUUCAAAUCCCACGACUGCCCGAAAUCUGAUCGGAACAGUAGAAAAGUUGUGGUCUGUGAAAUCUGCUCGAUGUCGAUCGAGACCACCGGGAAGGACGGCGACGAGAGCAGGAUUUUGGAGAGGCAUCACGAAUCAGGAGAUUGCGAUCCAAGGAAGAAGAAAAAGCCCACUUGUUCAGCGAGGCGGUGCCGGGAAAUUCUUACGUUUUCCAAUACUUGUGUGUGUAAAACCUGCCGUUUGAAGGUGUGUUUGAAGCACCGGUUUCCGGCGGAGCAUAAUUGUGGACGGGUGGAUACAGGGCGGUGGAAUGAGAAGUUUAUGGCGGCUUUGGAAUUGAGGAACGGCGGCGAUUGUGGGAAAAGGGGACGUCCGACGGCGGCUAAUGGGUCUUCCCCAUCUGUUAAAGCUUGUUGAUUGCUUUCUAGAGGGAAAUUAAUUUAUGAACCAUUAGAUUUUGGUCGCUGUUCCUCCAUUCUGUUCUUAUAAAGAAUGGUCAUAAAUUUCAACCCCUCUUUCUAAAAGUACUUGUCUUAAUAAAAUAAAAAUAAAUACUAUUAAAGCUGACCUUACUAUUAAAUU